UCUCCUUGUUGUUUUUCAGUCUCUACACUGAGGAUUGUGCUGGUGGGGAAAAGUGAAGACAAAAAGACCAAACUAGGUAACUUCAUUACUGGGAAAGAAGAAUUUCAUGGCCCAAAAAAUCCUUUCUGUGUGGCCGCCUGUGGAGAGUGGAGAGGAAAACCAUUGACUGUAGUAAAAACUUCAGAUAUCUUCAGUCAGUCUGAGCAGACAGUGAGAGAAGAGGUGAAGAGAUUCAUGAAUCUGUGCUUCCCUGGACCAAAUGUUCUGCUGCUGUUAGUGAAACAUUCUGAGUUCAGUGAUGACAAAGAAAGACUGAAGUUCAUCCUGACUUUGUUUGGUCAAGAUGCUUUUAAACACUCCAUGGUCAUCAUCACACACAAGGAGAAAGAAACAAGUUUCACUGUUAAUCAGCUGAUUAAAGACUGUGGAGGAAGAUACUAUAACAUGUUUGAAGAUGACCACAAACAAUUAAUGGAGAAGAUUGAGAUCAUUGUUCAUCAACACAGAGAAACCUUCCUCAACAUCAUUGAAGAGACCAGAAGACCAAAGUCUUUAAACCUGGUUCUGUGUGGGAGGAGAGGAGCAGGGAAGACUUCAGCAGCCAAGGCCAUUUUAGGUCAGACAGAGCUUCAUUCAGUCUCCAGCUCAUCAGAGUGUGUUAAACAUCAGGGAGAGGUGUGUGGAUGUUGGGUUUCUCUGGUGGAGCUGCCUGCCUUGUAUGGAAAACCUCAGGAGGCAGUGAUGGAGGAAUCACUCAGGUGUAUCUCCCUCUGUGAUCCUGAGGGUGUCCAUGCCUUCAUCCUGGUCCUACCUGUGUGUCCCCUCACUGAUGAAGACACGGGAGAGUUAAAGACCAUCCAGAACACAUUCAGCUCUCGAGUUGAUGACUUCACCAUGAUUCUGUUCACUGAGUCAGAUCCUACAGCUGCAGCUGUUUCUGACUUUGUAAGAAAGAACAGAGACAUCCAGGAGCUCUGUCAGAGCUGUGGAGGAAGAAAUGUUGUUCUCAACAUCAAGAACAAGCAGCAGAUCUCUGAGAUGUUGGAUACUGUGGAGAAGAUGAGACAGUCUGAAAAUAAACCAUGUUGCUAUACAACAGAGACCUUUGCUCAUGCCCAGAUGGACAAAGUCAUACAACAACAAACUGAACUUGAGAAGCUGAAAAACAAGAACAAGAUCACUCAAGAACAGAGCUCAGAGUGUCUCAGGAUUGUUCUGAUAGGGAAGACUGGCAGUGGAAAGAGCUCUACAGGAAACACCAUUCUGGGAAGAGAAGAGUUUAAAGCUGAAUCAAGUCAAACAUCAGUCACCAGACAGUGUCAGAAAGUACAAACUGAAGUGGACGGUCGUCGUGUCGUCGUGGUCGACACUCCUGGUCUGUUUGACUCCACUUUGUCUCAUGAAGACAUUAAUGAGGAGAUGGUGAAAUGCAUCAGUCUUCUGGCUCCAGGACCACAUGUCUUCCUGUUGGUGUUACAGAUUGGAAGAUUCACACCAGAAGAGAAAAAGACAGUAGAACUCAUCAAGGAAGCUUUUGGGAAGGAUUCAGAAAUGUUCACCAUCAUUCUUUUCACAAGAGGAGAUGAACUGGAACGUGACAAGCUGUCCAUUGAAGAAUACAUGGAGAAGGAAUGUGAUGAUUCCUUUAAGAAGCUGAUUACUGACUGUGGAGGAAGAUACCAUGUGUUUAAUAACUGUGAUAAACAAAACCACACACAAGUCAGUGAGCUGAUGAACAAGAUUGUCUCCAUGGUGAAGAAAAAUGGCGGCAGCUGCUUCACCAAUGAGAUGCUGCAAGAGGCCGAGGCAUCAAUAAAGAAGGAAAUGGAGAAGAUCCUGAAGGACAAGGAAGAAGAGAGGGAGGAGUUUGAAAGGAAACAUGAAGAAGAAAUGAAGGAAAUUAAAAAACGAAUAGAAACACAGAGAGCAGAGAUUGAACAGGAGAGAGAAGAGAGAGAGAAACAACUUCAGGAAAAAAUUCAGAAAGAGCGAGAAGAAAGAAAGAAAGAACAGGAAAAGAGAGAAGAAGAAGACAAGGCGAGGAAAGAACAGGAAGAGAUUCAGAGACAGGAGUGGGGACAGAAACUUGCAGCUUUGGAGAAAAAGAUAAAAACAGAAUUGGAAGAAAAAGAAUUCAUCAAUAAAAAGCUGAUGGAGAACAGAGAAGUGAUGAGAAAAGAACGAGAGGACUGGGAGAAGAAACAAAAAGAAAUGUGGAAGAAACGAAAUCAAGAAGAUGAACAGAGAAAGAAACAACAGGAAAAGAGAGAAGAAGAAGAAAAGAAAAGGAGAGAACAGGAGGAACAGAGAAGAAUAAAAAGGGUCCAAGAAGAACAUGAACAGGAAAUGAAGGAAAAGAUUCAGAUAGAGAAAGAACAGAGAAAGAAAGAACAGAAGGAGAGAGAAAAAGAAGACAAGAAGAGGAGAGAACAGGAAGAAAUUCAGCGACAGGAGUGGGAACAGAAACUUGCAGCUUUGGAGAAAAAGAUAAAAACAGAAUCAGAAGAAAAACAAACGAUUAAUAAAGAGCUGAUGGAGAGCAGAGAAGCGAUGAGAAAAGAACGAGAGGACUGGGAGAAGAAACAAAAAGAAAUGUGGGAGAAACGAAAUCAAGAAGAUGAACAGAGAAAGAAAGAACAGGAAAAGAGAAAAGAAGAAGAAAAGAAAAGGAGAGAACAGGAGGAACAGAGAAGAAUAAAAAGGGUACGGCAACAACAUGAACAAGAAAUGAAGGACAAGAUUAAGAACGAGCUAGAACAGAGAAAGAAAGAACAGGAAAAGAGAGAAGAAGAAGACAAGAAGAGGAGAGAACAGGAAGAAAUUCAGCGACAGGAUUGGGAACUAAAACUUGCAGAUUUGGAGAAAAAGAUGAAGACAGAAUCAGAGGAAAAAGAAACCAUUGAUAAAAAGCUGAUGGAGAACAGAGAAGAGAUGAGAAAAGAACGAGAGGACUGGGAGAAGAAACAAAAAGAAAUGUGGGAGAAACAGUAUCAAGAAGAUGAACAGAGACGACAGGAGGAGCGGAGAAGAAUAAAAAAGCUCCAAGAAGAACAUGAACAGGAAAGAGAAGAAUAUGAAAAGAAAAGAAAAGAAGAAGAUCGAAUCAGAAAAGAACAAGAGGAAAAAGAGAGGAAAGAAUUAGAAGAAAAAUAUAAUAACGAACUGGAGAAUGUAAAGAAAACAAAUGAAGAGGCAGCCAGAAAGAAAGCUGAAGAGUUCAAUGAAUUCAAAGAGAAACACAGGAAAGAAUUUGAAGCUCAGAAGAAAGAACUGAAAGACAAAGAUAAACAGUAUGAUCUGUUAAAGGCACUAAAAGCCAACUAUGAAAAACAGAAGAGGGAAAAACAUCAAAAGGAAAUCAGUAACUUGGUGAAAAAGUUGAACAUGUGGCAUCUGAGAAUCAUCCGCAAAUUACUGGACACACAGGAAAAGGAAAUGGAAAAGGAGAAAAAUGAAGGUGAAAAGGAAUAUCUGCAGAAAAAACACGAAAAGCAAAUAAGUGACUUGAUACAGAAACUUGUGGAUGAUGAUUCCAUGUGCAGUAUAUUAUAG